CACAAUAAGAAAAGCAAAGAGUAUAUUGCAAGGGUUUUAUGAAAUAAUCUUUUCGGAAGAGACAUGUGAUGAUAUGUCCACAGCGAGCAGUACGAUAAGCAAAAGCGCAAAGAAUGUGAAUGGCAGCGGCAAUGCAACACCCUGGAGUACAAACGGCCUCUACAAACCACAGAAGAAGAACAGGGGCAUUUAUGAUGCACACCCUCCGCCAAUAUGAAGGCAUCCAGGGCAGUUUCUGCCUUUGAUUUUAAAGAAUAAGCCUUGUUAUUUCUACAAGUGCUGAAUCCACUACCUGGACUAAAGUAGAUGCGACGCCGAAUUAAUAUCUUGGUCCUGCAGAAUGUCCAAGAUCAGGCGGAAGGUAACAGUGGAGAAUUCAAAAACCAUAUCUGAUAGCAGCAGCAGCAGCAGCACCACGACCAGCAGCACCAGCAACCCCGCCGCCCCCUCCCGCCGGCCCAGUGUGUUUGAAAGACUCGGCCCCAGCACUGGGAGUAAUGCUGCUGAUAGUCACUGUAGAAAUUGGCUGAAGACCGGUAAUUGCAGUUACGGCAACACUUGUCGCUACACACAUGGAACUCAGCCACGAGGCAAAGGAUUUAGCUUUAGUCGGUCAGCCGAGAGACCCACAGGUGAUCUGCGGGAGAGGAUGAAGAAUAAAAGACAGGAUGUUGACCCAGAAAACGUGAAGCGAGACCUAGACGAGCCCACAUCCCCCACAGCGAAGCAGAGAGACUCCUCCAGAGGCCGACACAGGGAAAAGGAGGAUAUCAAGAUUACAAAGGAGCGCACCCCAGCCAGUGAAGAAGAGCCCACAGAGUGGGAAACCAAUCGUGAAGACUCCGAUAUCGGUGACUACGACUACGAGUUAUCACUAGAGAUGAAGCGCCAGAAGAUUCAACGUGAGCUGAUGAAAUUGGAGCAGGAAAACUUGGACAAGAGGGAGGAGAUGUUCAUCAAGAAAGAUGAGGCCCCCACCAAAACAAGAGCCACCGCCAUACCGAAGGCCUCCCCAGAGCCGUUAAGCAAUAAAGAUUCACCCUCAGCCAGGAAGUCCACUGGAUCCCCCAAACACAAAAGUGCAACCAAAGGCCCAGGCUCUGGGAAGAAGGAAAAGAAGGCACCACUGUCCUCACCUGUUUCAGAAUCUACCAGGCCUUCAAAAGGGAGCCACAGUAAGAAGAAAGGGCCCCGUACCCCCAGUCCUCCUCCCCCAGUCCCUCUGGACAUUCCUGUGAUGGGGAAGAAACACAAAGGCAAGCACAAAAACAAGGAGAAGUCUGAGGAGAAGCUGAAGGAAGCGAAAGAUCGGGGGCGAGAUGCAGAAAAACACAAAGAGAAGAAGGAGAAACGCAGGGACCGAUCGGACAGCUCCCACAAGGCAAAGCGGUCAGUGACUUCAGAGGAGCGUUCCGUUAGCGUGUCAUCUCCCUUUAGGGGCACUUCACCUCCAGCCAGGAAGAAAUCCACCUCUCCUAAAGCUUCGUCCAAUAAGACGCCCGUACUGGCCUCCCCUCACCGCAGGUCUCCCAAUCCUCCCCGCCACCAUCGCACCCCCACUCCUCCCCGCCACCACUCGCCCUCCUCUCACUCUGGCUCCUCUGCCCAGCGGCACUCUUCAUCUCCCCGCCGGCGCCGCUCGUCCUCUCUUACCUACCACCGGAGCACCGCGGCCGCGGCCUCCGCCUCCUCCCCUCCGAGCUCCCGGCGCUCCCGAUCGCCUCCUGCCUCCCAUGACCCCGCCUCACCCCACCGCCGAUCUGACCGAUCGAGCCCCAGCCAGCGGCGCUCCAGGGGCCGCGAGAGGAGCCGGGGUGAAAGAGAGAGGAGUCCGCCUGCUCAGGAACGCAGACACGAGCGCAGAGAUGAAAGCCGCAGCAAGCGAGAGAAGGACAGCGUCCGCGACGACCGGGACUAUGACUCUGAACAGGUCUCAUCACGGGACGCUCGCGACGACCGGGACACCAGAGACGCUCGUGAGAGACGGGACGCUCGCGACCGAGGAAGGGAAACGGCCCGAGACUCCCGCGACCACCGAGACAACCGGGACGUAAAGGACUCCAGAGAGAGCAGGACGGAGACUCGCUCCAGUCGAGAGUCGCUGGAGCGCCGUGACCGCGAACGGGAACGAGAGAGGGACCGGGACAGGGAAAGGGAGAAGGACAGAGAGCGAGAAAAGGAGAGAGAGAGGGAGAGAACAGACACCCACAGGAAGGAGGAACCGGCUCAGGAUGACAGGAGUUAUGGGAGAGGUCAUGGGCGCGAAGAUGGAGGGCGUGCUGAUGGAAGGACGGAGAACAGGACUGACAGAGUUGAGAGGAACGGACGAGGGAGAGGGCGUGGUAAUGAAACAUCUGAUAAAGGCUCAAACAGAAACUCCCGGGGUUCCCAACUGGAAAGCAGCCAUGACAACUGGGAUCCACGGAGUAGCGCGGUGCGCGAACGGAGCGCGGAGAGGAGCACCGAUCGCAGUGCAACCGAAAGAAGCUCUGAGAGGGGUUCAGACCGAGAUCGCUAUGAGGGCGACAGGAGAGGCGAGCACGCCCGAGACUCCUCAUACGACAGGAGAGGAGGGCACGGAGAGCGGGAUCGCAGAGACAACCGAGAGAGAGAUCAACGAGCAGCCUCACCAAAUAGACACCAGGGGAGAUCCGAGGAGUCUGAGAGGGAGGAGAGGAGAGAGGAGCGCAGGACCGAUCGAACAGAAGAGAGGCGCGAUGACAGGACCCGUGACCGGGAGCGUGAGAGGGAAAGGGAGCGGGAGAGAGAGAGGGAGAAGGAGAAGGAAAAGGAGAAGGACCGAGAGCGAGAGAGGGAAAAGGAGCGAGAGAAAGAGGCCGAGAGGGAGAGGGAGCGGGUCAGGGAGCGGGAACGGGAGAGGGAGAGAGAGCGGGAGAGGGAGCGAGAGAGGGAAAAGGAGCGCGAGGAGCGGGAGAGGGAAAGGGAGGAACGGGAGAGGGAGCGAGAGAGGGAGAGGAAGGAGCGCGAGAGGGAGAGGGAGAGAGAGCGGGAGCAGAGGGAGCUGCGGGAGCGAGAGAGGCAGCGAGAAUGGGAGGAGCGAGAAAGGGGAAGAGAUGAAAGGCGGGAGAGGAGAGAUGACGACCGGCCCGUUAGAGAAACACGGGACGACCGCAAGACAAGUCGUAAGAGGCCCAGGGUGGAGAGCAGCCCGAGCCCCCGAGCCUCUCCCAAGCGAGCAACUCGGGACCUCAGUCCGGCAGACAGCGACGGCUACAACAGCGCGGAAGAGAAAAGUGCUGACAAAAAUCGUCUGCUGAGCCAGGUGGUGCGGCCCCAGGAGCCCUUGUUGCGUUCUCCGCUGAGGCCUGCUCCAGCUGAUGAGAAGCCCAGCCACUGGAAGGAUGAGGAGCGCAGAGGUGCCGGGGACAAAAGGGAAACGCGCAGCCGCCACGAGGACCUGGAGCCUCGUGCGGAACGGAUUAGAGGAGGCGACAGACGAGAACACCUUGCAGACGCCCCAUCUGACUCCCGUAGCCGAGGCAGAGAGCAACGAGAGUCUACGCCGCCUCCCCCUCCUCCAGCCCUCGCACCUGGCAGCGAAGACCGAGACACCGCUGGCUCCCAGUCCCACGAGGAGGGCAAAAAGAAGACAAAGUCGCAGAGGAAGGGCUUCAAGAAGGGUCGCAAAGAAGAGGAGAUUGGCAGUGGCAACAGCCUGGCUGGUGCAGGAGAUCGUUUCAACCCCGAACCCCCAGCCAGCGGUCCUGCAGAUGGCCCUUCACCCAUACUCUCACCCAGGAAAGUAGCCAAGAAGAAGGUGCUUGAACGAAAGAGGAAACGGUCACGAGAAUCCGAUGUGUCUGAUGAGGACUCAUCUGCCCCCCAGCCACAUAAUAAGAGGAAGAGAGGUCCCCGGACGCCACCACCCUCAAUGAGGCCUGAUCAUCGCAGUACUGGAGGCAACGCAGAGCCAUCUCCUCUGACCAAAAUGGACCAUUUCAGUGACUGGUCAGAUGAGGAGGUCACAGACCGAGGAGCGCCGCUGGAAACGCAAGCUCCACUGGCUCCUGCUGAGAGGACUCCUGCUGAGCCUCUUAAGAGAGGGGUCGGUCUCCGGGUGGGCAGGGACAGGGAGCGGUGCAACCCUUCUCCCAUCGCCCCUCUGCUCCCCCAAGAUCCUUCGAUGCUGCUGCCAACUCCGCAGCCCCUCAUGUCCCAGCCCAUGCUCCGCAAACUUCCCCCGGAGCAGACGCGCAGCAGCAGCAUGGGAAGCAACCAGAGCCGCGCGUCCUCCAGACGCCUGCGAUCACCCUCCAACGAGUCAGCCCAUCGAGAUGACCCGCAAGGUCCACGAGCCCGCCGUGGCAGGCUGCAGGGCGCCAACUCACGGGACCGAGAGAGGGAAAGGGAGAGAGAACGGGAGAGAGACAGGCCGGUCGUGAAUGACCCUCCGGUGGCCGAGAGAAAGUCUCGAAUCGACCAGUUGAGGAGAGGAGAGCCCAGCCGCAGCACCUCCUCAGACCGACAGGAUUCCCGCAGCCUCAGCUCCAGGCGCAGCUCUCCCGACUCUGAGAGGCAGGCCAGGUCCAUGUCCCGCGCCGGCUCCUACGACAGUCGCGAGCGGGAGAGAGACAGGGAGCCGUUUGAGCGGGAACGAGACCGAAAGGACCUCCGGCCUCAGCCGCUGCCGCCGCAGCCCCAGCAGCAGCCCCUGCUCCUCCAGCAGCCCCUACAACAGCAGAGAGACUGGGAGCCCGAACCCAGGGACUGGCCUAGCAGGGUACGGGAGCCCCUACUGAUGCGUCCAGGCCGGGAACCUCUCCUGAGGGAGCGGGAUAUCAGGGACAGGGAACGCUUACUCCCUGAAGGACUCAUCCAGCAGCACGAACGGGAGCGGGAGAGAGAGAGGGAGAGAGACAGUAGAGGUGACCGAGGUGGCGAUCGAGAGAGGGAGAGGAUGAUGAUGAUGAUGGAUCUACCGCCUCACGGGGACCCCAGGGUCCCGGGACGAGGAGACCUGAGGGGCGAUAUGAGAGGAGACCUGCGAGUGGACAUGAUGAGACAGGAGAGGGGUGACUAUGAGCCUCUGCUGCCAAGAGAAGCCUUCAGCCCUCCAGAGCCGGAGAAACCGAGCAACAGUCACCAUCUCAUGGGAGAGCAGCGGGAGCUGGAGAAGACAGAGAGCAUCGACGGAGACGAUGACGGCAAAGAAGAUGAAGGCCAGUCAGUCGCAUCUGUGGGAGAGGAGUAUGAACCAAUCAGUGAUGAUGAGCUGGAUGAAAUUCUGGCUGACAGCCAGAAAAAAGAGGAUCAGCAAGACGAUGAAAAAAUUACAGGUCCUCUGGAUGUCAUUGAUGUGGACUGGUCCAGCCUGAUGCCCAAACAGAAGCCGGAACCCCGGGCAGCAGGGGCAGCUUUGCUCCGGUUCACCCCAGGGGCCGUGCUUCUUAGGGCGGGCAUCUCCAAGCGACUUGCAGGGCCUGAGCUCCUGGAGCAAGUCAGAGAGGUGUGCAAGUCCGAGCUGGACGACCCCAAAGAUGCUGACAAGCUGUUUGAGCAUGACCUUGGGGCCCUGAAUAUGGCAGCCAUGAACAGGCGGGUGGAGAGGGCAGGUUUACUGAGAAACCUCGGGCCCUGUUGCAAGGCCCUGUGUGCCCGCAGGGACUUCGCCAUCCGCCGGCAGCUGUUGAAGAAUGACAAGGGCCAAACCAAGCAGUACCCCACUACGCCCGUGGUAGACAACGAGCUGCUGCAGAUGAGCAUGCGUCUCUUCAGAAGGACCAUGGCUGGCCAGGCCUCGGGCCCAGAAAGGUCCGAAAGCGGGUCAGCACUGGCAGCCGAGGUCGCUCCAGCUGGUGGUAGUAAGCUCAGCACAGCACAGCCUGAGGUGUGUGUGUCCUGAAAGAAAUGGGUUUAAUGAGUCAAACACAUGAAAGUGAACACGUCUAACUCUCUGACUCUGUCCCAUUCCAUUUCAUACGUAGCCUUUUUAGUCGUGGGAGGAAAUAAAGGAAAACAGCAAAAUUGUGAAUCUUACUCAGUAAUGCUUUACAUGUUUUUGAUGAUCUGCAAGUCCCGUGCCAUAGACUACUGGACAUUCUAGCCUAUGGAGGUUUGUAAUGAACCAUGUAUGAGAAGCAUAAAACACACCUAAAAUGACUUCAUGUUUUUGUUUUGUGCAUUACAAUGUUUUAGAGCAGCUUUUUAAUAGUCAGUUUCAUCUGCCUAACCAAUUUCAAAUGACUGUUUUGAUUUCGUAUAUUGUGCAUUGGUUACUACGACUGUGCAUUAAAAUGCUUAGAUGUUGAUUUUUGUGACGGGUCUUUUGCUUUGUAUGAAGUGAGUGUUCAGCCUUUUAAUAUGACACUUGAUGUUAUUACUAUUUUUGUUGACAUCAUAUUACAAAAUAUCUGCAGUGCAAAUCUAUAGCAUUUGCUGCAGAGUGUUACUGACCAACAACACUGAAACAUCCUGCAGGGACUUGAAUGAACGUUUUUCAUGAAUAAGCACUGCCAAACUAUUCCUUCAUUGAAUGUAAUUUGUUAUAACUGUUAGUCGUUGUAAACAUUAUUGCUUUUUUGCUUGAUGUGUUUGUUUGAAUGGUUUGGCAAUGUCUCCCUGAAAUGAACUGAAGUGAUUGCUGAGCACACUAUAGACUGCAGAGUACCAGAUCUCCAAUACUGCCAUGUGGAAGUCUUCUCCUUAACAUUCACCAGCCCAAACCAUCCAAAAAGGAGCCAAAAUGUUGCCAAUAGGAAAAAAAACACUAGACUGCUUAGAUAAAGAAAUGACUAAAAGGAUAAAUCAUAUGAACACGUCCCCUUUAUGUGUUCCAGUGGUUGACCGUCCAGAGUCCCAAUAAAAAGACUUGUACAGGUGGAUAAACUGAACCUCUGGGAUGUGGUUGUAUCAACACUCUUAGUUCAACAAGUGACACUUGAAAAGAGCAGGUCGUGCAUGCUGUGAGUGCUUGGACACAUAUUCAAUGGACAAACCAGCUUCAGUGUUGCACAAAAAUGCUUAAAGAACAUAAGAAUGGGGGGAAGAAAGGCUGUUAUCUUAUAGAGCCCUGGAUUCAACAUGGCACCUUCUCCAGGGCAUGCAACUGUGACUUGAAAUCUGAGUGACAUUACAGACACGGAGCGAUUGGGCUCUGGUGUAACCUGCUAUCUUUUAGUCAGAUCUUUGAGCUGUUGGAAAACAUUUUUACUACUACAUAUUUAUUUUGUCUAAGGAUCAAGGUCAACUUUGAGAUGUGCAAGUAAUGAUAUCUGGUUUAAGGUUGUUGUUUUUUUUUUACUGUAAAAAUAAAUGUAGAAUGACAUUUUUACAUUGUAAUGACAUUUUGCCAGAUAAGGACAACUGGGGACCUGAAGGAAUUAAAAUGUAGUGGAAGUUUAUCACAUUAAAUUACCACAGUGAGCUAUGAGGACAGCCACUAGAUCCAAGCUUUUGCAUUUAGAGGUAAGUACUGAAGUUUACAUAUAACCACAAACACUUUAGUUUUUUUAUCCUAAACUUUGACAGCAAGUCUGAUGGUGUAAAUACACAAUUUUAUAAUUUUUACAAUGGUGUUUAAAUUAAAGCUUUUGGGCAUUAUUUUUGAGGUUUGAUAAAGACUAAGACAAGAUAGAGGUGUCUCAGCUGGUUGUAGACCUCAUAAGCCUAACUCAAAAUAAAAGAUCUUUUAUAUUG